AUGCUAUCGAGGGAGGCCAUGGACGCGCUACAAGAACGCGUGGAACGGUACUCGCGGAUCGUACGGGCUCUUACCUCGUAUUUCCGCCUCACGGCUCGUUUCCAAUUCGACACCGUCCAGCCGCUCAUGAGUUUGCUCGGCGUCUCCCGACCAUUGGAAGUACAGAACUACGCUAUACAGGAAGUGUGGAAUCGGAUAUGGUGCUGGCAGGGCAUGGUACGAUGGAUGUUAAUGAGCACCGAGGGAGAUGGAUCAUUUAUUCCCCUUUCGGAACUAAGGCUACCUCGCGAUUGGUUUGUUUGGCUGAGGAACGAUCACGCAUUCGAGUUCGGACAUCUAGGAGCGGUCAUUCGUUGGCAACCGGAGGGAGGACCUCACCCCGUUGUGAACUGGCACCUGCAAAGAAAUGUUCCGAUGGAUUGGAUCUGGGACGAAAGUGCGGCAAGGCUAAGAAAUGUUCGUAAUCUUCAUCCAGAUCUGGUUCGUGCGCAAUCACAGCCGAUCGAAUCGUUCACACCCGUCUUGGAGAGUUCUAGAGAGUUAGUGGCACCCACAACUCUCGAGACUCACCUAGAAGAUCCACCUUCUCCCCCGUUGUUGCCGGAAUUACCUCGAGAAAGAGAUCGACGUUGGACUGAGGGUCGAGACAAGAAGAGGCAGUAUCAGACCUAUUGGUUAUUCUCGAGGAAGGAUAAGACACGGAAGAAUGGCAGUUAUCGCUUCGGGAAGCCCUUUUCUUGGAAAAAACGUCUACUCGCUCAAGAACUGGAGUUCGCACCAAAUUUUCCGAGACAAGGAGACGCAUCCUGGAUCUUAGACGAGUUUGACGGAAUUUCGGAGCCCAAUACCCCGUUGGAACCAUCCUUCUUCGACGAUGAGGAUAUGGCACCGGUACCUUUCUUCAACUUGACUUCGGAAGGCGUACCUACAGGUGGUGGUCCAGCCCCUCCUUCUCCUCCUCUUCAUUCAGCCCCGAUUCCUGCGUCCGCUUUGAGGGAACCAGUAGCUGAUAGUAGGGACUCGGAUGAAGAACUAUUGGACUACGGGGAAUUUACGGAGGACGAAGAUUUCGCGGGGCGCACGACGGAGCAAGUCCAUUCGGAGGAGCCUAUGGUAAUUGAAGGACCGGAGGUAUCUACGGCGCCAUUGGACAACGAGGUGUUGGAAGAGAUCGAAGCGGAGCAACUACGACAGGCUAUUGAAGCGUCUAGGAUAACUUCGUCAGAGGCACCCUUGGCGGAGUUGGGCGAAGGCGUCGCUAGUUCUUCCAGAGUACGUUUACCAUCCGUGUCGAGGCAGGAACGAUCUCCUCCCCGAGAGCCCAGAGCUCUGCGAGAAAGGCGUACAAGGGAGGGGGAGACUCGUCCUUAUUCAGGGAAAGGGAAGCAGAGAAUGACAGAGCGAGGUACUUUUGCACUUCGGGGACCACGAGGAUCUUUUCGACCAAGGGGAUACCGAUCUUAUCGCCCUCCAAUAAUGGAAUCCUCUUUCAUGAAUCCUCCAGAGGGAUAUAUACGUCGGGAUCGUCUUCCAUUCUCUUCCCGUCCUCAUUUUUCUCAUCCUCCAGAAUCUCAUCUUCCUCGGUCAAUUCACCUGUCGCCCCGGAAUCAAAGCUUCGCGAACGGAUCAGACUCCUUACCUACGUGGGGAAUUCAUAACACGGGGAAUACGAGUUGGGGAGAUCUUGAGAACGAGCAGGAGAUGUCGGGAUGGGGAGAAUCGAACUCCUGGGGUACGCCUAUAGAAUCGAGCGCUACGACCAACGAAACCGAGACGAUAGGGAGGACUGAGGAUACGUCAUCAAGAGAAGUGGACGAAUCUCGAAUUGACGUACAUCCCGAAGAGGAACGAAUUCUCGAAGCGGCUGAGUGGCACCCACCAGCCGCUACGUUAAGGAAUCGCCUCGGAUUAAACGAUUCUCCCGUCCCUCUACUUCAACGUGUCGGGGCACCAGCAUCAAUUCCAGUGCGAAAUCUCGAGGACCGUAUCGCGGAUUAUCCAUCGGCUCCAGACUCGGUUCUCAGCUUGCCAGAGGCGGUGGACGAGGAACUCGCUCAGCCUCACUCGAACAAGGAGUACUGGCCCUGGACUGGUAGUUUGUCCAGACAGUCUGACGUUCGUCAAGUAGUGCGAGUUCGUACCACGUCGGAAAUCAUUGACAAACACGGCGUCGAUCCUCAUCCUGUCGUAGUACCCAACCGACUUGAUCCUCGAUACGAUGGGUUUUUGUACCUGGAUGCGUUGUCCGCAAUUCGCGCGGCCGAUUGGAGACAUCGCCAUGGGCCAGAUAGUUGGGAAGAUUUCGUUCUCCACGCUAUCGGCUCGGGAAUUCCUUUCGAAUGGAGGGUCUCUACUCAAGAUUUGGUCUCUAUACAGGAUGCCCCUCUUCCUCCACCUUGGGUGCACACUGAUCCCCUUAGCGCUUGGUGGGAACAUAAUCCGGAUGACGUCCUGGCCAGUUACCUUUGGGCGGUUCAAGAGGUUUUCACUAGACCGAAUGCCGUGCGCGCGUUACACGCUGGAGGAUUACUUUGGAGGAUCGCUGUCGAAUACGGGGAUAUGGAUCUGAUGCGAUCGGCUGUACAGGGACCUUCCGACAUGGCUCUCGUAUAUCGAAGGGGGCGCGAAUGUACUCUUCCUACUCCGUCUACGACCGAUCAUCUCAGUGAUCACGAAUUAAACGCUAUGUUGGGGAUCUUGGAUAAUGGGACGAGCAUUUGGCCGCCGCUUGCGGUGUUUGGAGGUCCAGGUAGUAUCAUGUGGGACGGUGAAUGGUCCAUGGAGAACGAAAGAUGGUUUCGCCGCCGUUUGAACGCUCUGGAGAGGCGCCAAAACUUAACGAUGCGAGAGAAUCACUGGCACAAGGAAGUGAUUCGUAGCGCUCGUACUCCUCGACGAGAGCCUGACGGGCCGGGUUCAUCUACCUGGGCAUCCGGGUACGCUAGAGAUGUUCCUCCCCUAGCUCGACUAUACCGUAUUCCUAUAAACGUCAAUACUUCGCUGCCUGUGAACCCGAACUCGACGAUUCCGGAGGAUCCGAUGGAGCAAGAUGGUGCGGAGGCUGAGGGUGACGAUAAUGAGGAUUCCGCAACUUGA